AUGUCUUCCGAUUACCUGCUUCGACAUGAGCAGUUUGACGAGCCCCAAUAUAUUUCCAACUUUCACACGGGUUACCCAAUGGACUCACAAGCCAGCGGAGUAAUCUCAGAGACAAGAUAUUCUGAGGAACUUGGACAAAAUGAGAACUUUGAUCUUCAGAAUGUACCCAAGGAAUCUCAUGGAAUCUCUCAGAACCUUCACCUUAAUCUGGGUUUAGGUCUGGUGAUGAGGCCUCAGCACCAUCUGAAUCUUAAUCCGAAUCUUGGUGCGAUGGAAACGAACAAUAUUGAUCAAAACCAACUUAGUCUGAACCAUAUCAAUCAGAACCAUCUCAAUCAGAACCAUCUCAACCUGAAUCACCUCAAUGAAAGUCAUCUUAAUCAAGGUCAUCUCAAUCAGUUGAAUCGAUCCCAAAUGGAUCUGGAACCUCGCCAUUUGCAUCUGAAUGGAGAAAACAAUUCAUCAAAUCAUGUCAUGGACAACCUCCAUGCGCAACCCAAUACGGCAGGAUAUCGCCAGUACCUAUCUACCCCCCACCUGGUGCAUCCAAGACCGGGAGGUGAAAUGCCUCCGAUGUCCACUCUGACUCUGACCUCACUGGCUGGUAGAGUCUCCUCGGCUCCUCCCAUGUCAUCAAAUAUUGGUGCACAUUUGGCUGCGAAUUUGACUUCGCAUAUCGAGGCACCCGUAGUAUCAGCAGUAGCAACCAAUUACAUCCAGCCACUUGCUGACGAGUCGCUAAUGGCAAACCUCGUGCCUAUAGCGCCGAGUCUAUCACAGUUGAGUAGUAACCUUCCUCGAGAUAUAAACAAUUUCGGAGAGACUGGCUCAGCACCUCCAGAAUACAAGCAUGAUGAACUGUCAAGAAAAGUGGCUCCUCGCUCCAAAGAUUUGUACCGUGUGGGGCCGCCAUUCGGAGUUACCAACUUCCAUCGCCCCGUGUAUUGCAUGGCAACAAACGAGCAACUUUUGCCUCAGAUGGAGUGUCGACUUGAUCGUGGGUUUGAGCUUGGAGAAGCUGGCAACUGGAUUGGAUAUAAGCGAAAUUACUUCACCAUGGUGCUGGCGUUCACAUUCCAGAACUGGACUUUAGAUAAGUUCGUGGAGAACAGGUUCCAGGUGAUGGAUAAGAACGAUCCGAAGAACCGUCUAGAUGUGUCUUAUUUUGUUCUCAGUGUACUGGCUAGAUGCUCAGACCCAGAGGUUCAAAUUGGCUUGGUUCAGCAUACCCCGAAAAGAGACAAGGGUCCUCAGUAUACGCCUCCGGUGUAUCCUGCUGUGCCAGGAAUCUUGCCUGACCAUGAGACGGUGACAGCAUCCAGCAAUAAACGUAACACCAAGAAGAUCCGCACGUUGGGUCGGAUUUUCAGCUUUGAUCGAUCAGCGUACUAUAGAGACAACGAUAUGGAUCCGGAGAAGGACCAGUCGAUUCUCAGUGGGUAUCCUAACGACAUGAUUUCACGAGUGGCACGGUUUGAACGAAUCCAAUUUUCUGCGUCCAUUAGAGUGAAACAGAAAUCAAAUAAUGUGCAUAAGUUCUUCACGUUGCACGUGGAGCUUUCAGCUGUGGUGAAUGAUAAGGACAGGAAGCUUCUUGUACCUGUUGCAUCAUGUUGUAGUGCUCCUUUGCUUGUUCGGGGCCGGUCUCCGUCGAACUAUCCUCGAGAGAAGACAUCUGGAUUCCGUCAGAGGAAUGAGUCUGGGUAG